UCUUCGAGGAUUUUCGCUUUGUGAUUUUUCUUCCGUUUGCUUGUUUUUAUCUUGGAUUUAAAAUUAAUUUUCUUGAAAACUUUCUGUUUGACGAAACCGUUCACAUUUAUUUUCAAUACUGGUCGUUGAGGAUCACGAAUUAGUAUUUGGACUACGUGUGAAAUGAAACUCUCAUUCUCAAAAGUGUCUUAUGAUGUGAUAAUCGUUGGUGUUGUCUGUGGCGGUGUAGCAGCUAUAAUACUUAUUGCCUUAGUAUGGCGGUACUGCACCCUAAAACGGAAGCGACAGUCAACCUACGAGCAGAUACUUCCAGACCGGAAGCAGAGUGUUCACAUAGAAAACGGAACCCUGGUAGUGAACAUGAAACAAAUCCCCUUCACUGUGCCAACUCAGACCACGUUAGGGAGGAGAAUAGAGAGGGGAUCCUCCGAGGAGUUCCGGCCCGGGGGAGGGGGAUUAUCGGAACCCACGUCACCACUCAACGUCAAACGACCUUCCGUUGAAAUACCAGGUGCCUAUGCUUUGGGCUCUAUAGAUCCCAGUCUCUAUAAGAUUGUGGACGAGGAUGAUGAUUAUGAAAUCCCUAUGGAUCAUAUCGGGAGAGUGUGGUUUGCUGUGGAGUAUGAAAGGGAAACAGAAAAACUACUGGUGACACUAAUGAAGGCAAAGAACCUCCCAACCCGUCAAUAUGGCAACAACAGCAGCUGUGACCCAUUCAUCAGAUUGUAUUUAAUGCCUGAUGAACGUCGAUAUUUACAAUCUAAAUUCAAAAAGAAGACAUGUAACCCAAAGUUUGAAGAGAGUUUUGUUUUUCAGGUAUCCUAUAGGUCGCUACAGGACCGGAUGCUGAAAAUGACUGUUUAUGACGUAGACCGUCACAAACGUCAUAAUGUCAUAGGUCAUGCCCUUUACCCUCUCAAGGACCAUGACGCAGAGAGCAAUGAACGCCUUGUUAUAUGGAGGGACCUCGAAAGGGAGGUCACUGAGACGACAGCUGAUAAAGGAGAACUGCUUGUAGCCCUCUGCUACAAUAACCACCUGGAACGUCUAACGGUGGGGGUAUUAGAAGCACGGGACCUCAAGUACGACAGCCAACCCAGUGAUACAUAUGUUAAAGUCAGUGUUCUAGUCCAAAACAAAGUGGUGAAAACAAAGAAAACGGAAGUACUGAAGAAAACAGAGUCUCCUAAUUAUAACGAAUCUUUCACAUUCAAACUUCCCGUUACAAGUCUAGACGCUGCAAGUCUAAGUCUAACCAUCAUGCAGCAUUCCAGUGGACAUAAAGAUAAAAUAAUAGGAAGAGUGAUUCUGGGAUCUUUCAUGUUUGCCAGAGGAAAGGAAUUGGACCAUUGGAACGAAAUGGUGGCAAAUCAAAGAGACCAAGUUACUCAGUGGCACGCACUGGUGUGAUCGUUUGGACUUGUGUGAUUGUCUGAUUGUGACACAUGUUGGUUUAAUUGUCUUUCUGUUAUACAGACUUGUAUGAUUGUCUGUCUGUUACAUGGACUUGUAUGGUUCUCUCAUCGUUACAUGUAUUUGUCUGUCUGUUACACGGACUUGUAUGAUUGUCUGUCUGUUUUGUACUGUCUGAUUGUGUUUGGUGGCACAGGUUUGAUUGACUGUACAAGGAGUUUUGAUUGUGAUUUUGUUUAAUUUGUGUGUUUGCUUGAUUGUAACAAAGGGAUACAGACAGUGGGACUCACCUGAUUGUCUCGGUCAGUGUUCAGAUUGGUUUGUCCGUCUGUCUGUACCAGCUGCUUCAUCAUUCUAUAUGUUGCCUUUGCUUUCAAACUGAGAGUCCACUGAUUAUACACAAACAUGAUUGAACAAGUUAUUUGAUUUUUACGGUGCAUGUUUUUUUUCUUAGAGUUCAUCACAGUAUAUAAUGUGGAAUAAUAACAUUUGUUCCGUCUUAAGUGGUCGAUUCCCUGCACUAUGGGUAGGAUUCAUAUUGUAAAAUAGACAUUUCAGAUGCACACAGUUUUGUAUUUUUUUUUGUUAACUUGUCUGAUGGUCAUAGCUCACAAAAUAAAGAAUUUCAGACUUAAA